AUGCAAACCCCCCGAAACAAAUUAUGCCAGAUAACCCCCCAAAUAGCAUCGGUCCAUGCAAACCCCCCGAACCACAUUAUGCCAGGUCACCCCCCAAAUAGCAUCGGUCCAUGCAAACCCCCCGAACCACAUUAUGUCAGGUCACCCCCCAAUUAG